CAUUUUUCUAGGGCAGAUUGACGACGACGGAGCAGCAUGGUACUCGCGGAACUGGGAACGAGACUCCAAAAUGCACUGAGCAAGCUCAACCGAUCGUCGACGGUGGACGAUGAGAUGCUGAACACGAUCCUCAAGGAAAUCUGCGGGGCGUUGCUCGAGUCGGACGUGAACGUUCGGCUGGUGCAGCAACUGCGGGCCAAAGUAAAAAACGCGGUCGAAGAAGAAGAGGUGACAAGCGGCAACCGCCGCCGACUCAUCCACAAGGCUGUCGUGGAUUCGUUGGUGUCCAUGUUAGAACCGGAGACGCCUUCGUACAAGUUGAAGAAGGGGCAGUCGAACGUGGUCAUGUUUGUCGGGUUGCAAGGGAGCGGGAAGACGACGACGAUCGCCAAGUACGCGCAUUACUACCAGCGCAAGGGAUGGAAGACGUGCAUGGUGUGUGCCGAUACGUUUCGUGCCGGCGCGUUCGACCAGCUCAAGCAGAACGCGACGAAGUUGCGCGUGCCGUUUUACGGGAGCUACACAGAGGCCGAUCCAGUGCGCAUCGCGCAAGAAGGUGUGGCGCAAUUCCGCGCCGAGCAUUACGAGCUCAUCAUCGUCGACACGAGUGGUCGCCACAAGCAAGAGUCGGACUUGUUUGCUGAAAUGCAGGAAGUAUACGACGCCGUCGCACCCGACGACGUCGUGUUCGUGAUGGACUCGACGAUCGGGCAAGCGGUGCACGACCAGGCGACGGCGUUCCGACACGCGAUUCCCGUCGGCAGCGUCAUCAUCACCAAGUUGGACGGCCACGCCAAGGGCGGCGGGGCCAUGAGCGCCGUGGCGGCCACGGACGCCGCGAUCACAUUUUACGGCACGGGCGAGCACUUCGCCGACUUUGAGUCGUUCAACGCGUCGUCGUUUGUGAGUCGGUUGCUGGGCAUGGGGGACAUGAAGGGGCUUCUGGAGGAGGUCAAGUCUGCCGGCAUCUUGGACAACCAGGAGGAGAUGGUCGCGAAGCUGCAAAAGGGCGUGUUCACACUGCGAGACAUGUACAAUCAGUUCCAAACCGUCAUGAAGAUGGGGCCGCUGUCGAAAGUGAUGGGGAUGAUCCCGGGAAUGGGCGCCGCGUUCGGCGACAUGCUCAAGGGCGGCGGCGAAGAAGAAGGCGUCAAGCGCCUCAAGCGAUUCAUCUACAUGAUGGACAGCAUGACCGCGGCCGAGCUGGACGACGUCGUGCCGCUCACGCCGUCGCGCAAGCUCCGCGUGGCCAAGGGGUCGGGGUGUUUGCCGGUGGAAGUGGAGUUUUUGCUCAAGUGCCACAAGCAGUUUGCGGGUGUGAUCACGCGCAUGGGCAAGAGCGGCAUGUUGAAGGGCCCGGAAGCAGCCAAGCAGAGAAAUCCCCACGGACCCAAGAACCAACUACCUGGCAAAGGAGGAGGACUCGACCCGCGUAUGUUGGCGCAGAUGGGGGGACCCCAAGGCAUGAUGGACAUGAUGAAGCAAAUGGGCGGAGGCAUGGACCCCAGCGCGUUGAUGAAGAUGAUGGGCGGCGGGCUGCCUGGGAUGCCCAAGUUUUAGAAGUGGGAACGGCAGACUGGGUUUAAUAGCACGACUAGAUUAUCACUGUUUUGCAUUAGAAAACGAGGAAUUGGUC